GGGGAGCAGCGGCCGCCGGCGCGGGGAGGGGGGUGGGGUGGGACGGCGCCCAGCCUCCGGUGCUGGUGCGUGGGGGCCGGGCCGGCGCGGUGCCUUCCGCCCUUCUGCAGCCAUCUGCAUAUUUUUUCUUUCUUUUUCGCAAUUUUGAACAUUUUGCAGGACGAGGGGUUCGAGGCAGGUGAGAGCAUCCUGCACGUCGCCGAGGAGCCCGCGGGCACUUGGCGCGCUCUCCGGGGACCAUCUGCACUGGGAACCCGAAAGUUUUUUGUUUUUAUUUUCUUAUGCAGAUGUAUUUAUAAAGAUAUAAGUAAUUUUUUUCUUGUCCCCACCGCCUUGAAAGCGAGUACUUUUGGCAAAGGACGGAGGAAAAAGCUCAGCAACAUUUUGGGGGGCGGUUGGGUUUUUUUUUUUAAGAAAAAAAUUUGAGUGCAUCGCGAUGGAGAAAAUGUCCCGACCGCUCCCCUUGAAUCCCACCUUUAUUCCGCCUCCCUACGGCGUGCUCAGGUCCUUGUUGGAGAACCCGCUGAAGCUCCCCCUUCAUCACGAAGACGCAUUUAGUAAAGAUAAAGACAAGGAAAAGAAGCUGGAUGAUGAGAGUAAUAGCCCGACGGUCCCCCAGUCUGCGUUCUUGGGGCCCACCUUAUGGGACAAAACCCUUCCUUAUGACGGAGAUACUUUCCAGUUGGAAUACAUGGACCUGGAGGAGUUUUUGUCGGAAAAUGGCAUUCCCCCCAGCCCGUCCCAGCAUGACCACAGCCCUCACCCUCCUGGGCUGCAGCCAGCUUCCUCUGCGGCCCCCUCCGUCAUGGACCUCAGCAGUCGGGCCUCUGCACCCAUUCACCCUGGCAUCCCGUCCCCGAACUGCAUGCAGAGCCCCAUCAGACCAGGUCAGCUGCUGCCAGCAAACCGCAAUACACCGAGUCCCAUCGAUCCUGACACCAUCCAGGUCCCGGUGGGUUAUGAGCCAGACCCGGCAGACCUUGCCCUCUCCAGCAUCCCUGGUCAGGAAAUGUUUGACCCUCGCAAACGCAAGUUCUCUGAGGAAGAACUGAAGCCACAGCCCAUGAUCAAGAAAGCACGCAAAGUCUUCAUCCCCGAUGAUCUGAAGCAGGACGACAAGUACUGGGCCCGGCGCAGGAAGAACAACAUGGCAGCUAAGCGCUCCCGCGACGCCCGGAGGCUGAAGGAGAACCAGAUUGCAAUCCGGGCGUCCUUCCUGGAGAAGGAGAACUCGGCCCUGCGCCAGGAGGUGGCUGACUUGCGGAAGGAGCUGGGCAAAUGCAAGAACAUACUUGCCAAGUACGAGGCCCGGCACGGGCCCCUGUAGGAUGGCGGUUUUGUGGGCUGGCUUUCGAAUAGAUGGACAGUGUGUUUCCCGCCUGAUAGCACCACACCCGAAGCAACCUUUCUGACAUCAGCACUUUACCAGAGGCAUAAACACAACUGACUCACGUUCUGGUGUGCGUGCGCGCGCGCGCGCGUGCUUGUGCUCCCGUGCGGUCUGCGGCGCGCGCGCGUGCCUGUGCACUUGCCAUGUUAAGGUAGCCCUCUCAUCGUCUUUCAGUUCCGAAAAAGAAAGGUGCCAUGUUUUUACUGGACUGCGGGGAUCCCCCCCCCAUCCUGGGGUCUCCUGCCUCUCCCUCCUUCUCCACUCCUGCCCCUUCCGGCGUCGCUCCCCGGUGGCUCCCGCCUACUCUUCCAGGACCAUCUGCCCCGCUUCACCAAGCAGGGCCCUGGUAAACUAGUAGAUCUCAGUUGUCAAGACUACGAGCUCUUGUUUCUGUGUAAUCUGUAAGUUACCAUGCUAAUAAGGUGCACAAAAAUCACUUAGCACUACACCGCAGCGCUCUCUCUCAGUUAUAGGUUGCUUUCCUCAUAUUUUCAGUUUUGGUGAUAUUUGUCUUCAAAUUUAAAGUGCUGUUUAGAUUUAUUAGAUCCCAUAUUUACUUACUGCUAUCUACUAAGUUUCCUUUUAAUUCUACCAACCCCAGGUAAGUAAGAGUACUAUUCUAGAACACAGAGUGUGUUUUUGCACUGUCUGUACCUAAAGCAAUAAUCCUAUUGUGCGCUAGAGCAUGCUGCCUGAGUAUUACUAGUGGACAUAGGAUAUGUUCCCUAAGAAUUUCACUGUCUUUUAAAACACAAAAAUUACAGUAAUGCAUUUGAGCAUGCCCAGAACAUCCCCAGGACAGGGAAGCAGAGGGAAAUGCCAGGUCUCAGAACGAGGGGUUAAUUUAUCAGUGUAGGAGCCAAAAAAAAAAUUGCAUCUUGGAACAGCUUUGGACAUUGAUAUGUUUGGCUUUGUUUUCUCCCCUCUCCAGUCCCCUCACCCUCCCACUUUUCUAGUUACCUUUUUCCAUAUCCCUCUUGAUACUCAAAACAAUUACUUAAGAUUCAGUUUUCCCCAUUUUUUUGUAAUAUAUAUAUUUUUGUGAAUUAUACCUUGCUGUUUUUAAAAAUCAGUUAAUUAAGUUAAUAAGUUGAUGUUUUGUAAGACCCUUUAUCCUAGUGGUGUCAUUUUUGAAUGCUUCAUAAAUUAAUGAUUCUGGAGCUUAUGUUUCUUAUUUUCUGUUUGCUUUUUGAACGUAUGUGCUCUUAGAAAGUGGACUUCUGAAAAAUGAAUGUAAAAGACACUGGUGUAUCUCAGAAGAGGAUGGUGUUGUCACAAACUGUGGUUAAUCCAACCAAUUUAAAUGUUUACUAUAGACCAAAAGGAGAGAUUAUUAAAUUGUUUAAUGUUUAUACAGAGUAAUUAUAGGAAGUUCUUUUUUGUACAGUAUUUUUCAGAUAUAAAUACUGACGAUGUAUUUUGGAAGACAUAUAUUAUAUAUAGCAAAGAGAAAAGGAAAACUAUUCCAUGUUUUAAAAUUAUAUAGCAAAGAUAUAUAUUCAUCAAUGUUGUACAGAGAAGAAGCGCUUGGGGGUUUUUGAAGUCUUUAAUAUUUUAAGCCUAUCACUGAUACAUCAGCAUGUUUUUUGCUUUAAAUUAAAAUUUUAUGACAGUAUCGAAGCUUGGUGUGACGAAUCCCGCUCUAAAAUAUAGAAGGAGCUUUCUUGUUUCCCAUUAGGUCUCAGAAAGAAGUCAGUUAACGUCACCCAAAAGCACAAAGUGGAUGUUAGUCAAAUAUUUAUUGGAUGAUACACUGUUUUUUUAGGAAAAGCAUCUGCCACGAAAAUGUUCACUUCAAAGUUAUGAGUUCCUGGAAUGAAAUAUCACUGCAAGCACCCCAAACAAUUCUGUUCUCCUCUGUGGGCACGUGCGUCUUAUGCAAUAUAAGGUUGAUAUCGGUGUUAUGUGUAUGGUUUCUAAUUUGAUGGGUGUUUUGACCUUAAAGAUGAUUUUUCUUUUGUUUCACAAAGUUGUGUAAUGUCAAGAGAUUCUGCUGUUAUUGCAAAGAAACAAUUUGUGCUAGAUUAAAACACCCUUUCAUCAAUGGGAUUUUCUAGUC